AUGAGGUACUCCCUGAUAUGCGCUGACUACGUGCACGAAAUCCGAGACAUGGUAGAGGUUUACAAGGGCGUUAUGGCCAGGACUCCCGCGCCCCGUAUCGUCCAUUUCCUUGCUAGGAUGCUGCUCCGAAAAGUCUUUACAAAGGAAGAGACGGAAGAGAUCAGUGGGAUUGCAAGAAACACUGGGAUUCCUCUGCACAUUGUUGUUGCGUAUAACACAUUUUUAGACUUGUUCUCUGGGUGCAUAAGUGGUGGUGCCCGUGUGGCUGCAUGCGCUGGCAAGUCCAAGGUCAUCCACUUCCGUAACUUAGACUGGGAUAUGGAGCCACUGCGCGAUAUGAUCAUCCGCGUCGAGUAUAUGAUAGGUGGGCGCGUCGUUGCACGCGCGGUAACAUACGCAGGCUACAUCGGCGUUCUAACUGGGGUCAGGAAAGGGUUAUCAAUGUCUCUUAAUUAUCGCGAUAGAACCCAAUCCCAAUCCUCGACGAUAUCAAAUAGAAUUCACCAGCUCUUCAUUCUCUUAGGAAAACGUCCCUCUAUCUCUGCCAGGUUGCGCCAAAUUCUUCUUUCUCCAGGUCCACCUCCAACUCUCGCUGAUCUUUCUUACAAAUUCAAGCACACGACAGCCUCUCCGUGCUAUCUCACAUUCUGCACGCCGUAUUCUGCUCUCGUUAUCGAAAAGGACCUUAACUCAGCUUUAACACACACUUCAGACACAUUUCUCGCUGUCACCAAUCACGACGUUGCAUUUGAGUCUACAAACGAUCAGGAUGCAGAAGCAUUGAAGCGACCCAGCAGGAUUGUGAGGGGGUCAUCUGGAUCCAUGAGUUUAUUAAAUGAAAGCAUCGAACGGAAGGACACCAUGUACAGUCUCUGGCGUGAUCGCAAACAACCCUCCAGACCUACAAAGGUGCAAAGGGCCCUUGUCAAUGACGUCAAAACGUGGCUGCGAACGUAUCCGAUACGAAAUGAAUGUACCCAUUUUUGCUGCAUCAUGGAUCCGUCGGCAGAGGGCGGCGGGCUGGUCUGGGUGGAAUCUUGCGAGGUAUCUACUGGACCUAAUAAUAGCUUUCAGAAUUGA